UGUGACAGAUAUUGGCUGGACAGUCGUCUUCAGUGGAAAACAAAAUAUACGCAGAGUGACGCAAAUUAACGUGAGUCGGUAAAUUACGGUAGUAUAAAUAUUGCCUGUAGUUCAUAUUUUGUCUGCAUUCAAAGACUGGUCGUCUGUGGUAAACAAAGGAAUUUAGUCAUCUGACCGAGACAGAUUCAUAACGGAAUACAUGUCUAAAAUGGAUCGGAUAUUAUUAUAUGCUAUUGCAGCAUUGUACCUAGCCAAUUUUUCAAAUGGUAUAACUUGUUGGAUAUGUCACCAAGCAAGAAGUAAUAGAGACUGUAUCAUUCGAGGGCACGCUAAAAGAUGUAAUGCCUACGAGGGCUGCGAAAACGAAAUUCGGUAUUCCAACAACAGGAUCAGUGUAACAAAAAGAUGUAAGCAAAUGAGAGCAUGUAGCAACGAUCAAAUGCAGAAUUCAAUGUUGUCAAACAACAGAUACAACUGUGCUGCUGAUAAAAGAAAUUCAGUUUGUAGAUGCUGUUGCAACGGCGAUAACUGCAACAAAGAUCAGUUAUCUUGUCUCGAGCAAGGUUUGCCGCAAUGUCGAGUUUUAUAUCUUCCUAAUGGUUACACUAAAUGUUUUGGAUCUAAAAGUGGAGUAUCUCUAGGCACCACGUGUCGUUUCAGCUGCAAAGCAGGGUAUGAACGAAUAGGAGCAUAUGCAGUAACAUGUAAUAGACGAGCAACAAUGGCAGAAUGGUCUGAACAAAUUCCCAUAUGUCGGAAACGUCCGGCCUGUAUCAGAAUAUUUGAUCACAAUCUUUCAAACGGAUUUGUCAGAUGUAAUGGCGCUUUCGGCCUUGCUACUUUGGGAACCACGUGUGUAUACAGAUGCAACCCACGUUACUUCAUGGUGAACGCUGAAAAACGGAAAACGGUUAGAAAUUUUCAGAGGACCGUUUGCACGAUGGAAAAAUCUACUUUGAUUCCAGUAUGGAGCCAAAAACCACCAAACUGCAUUGAAGAAAUGUGCCCACCAGUAAAUCGCUUCGAUUAUGGUGUCUCAUCAUGCUCUGAUUUUAACAAACUGGGCUCAGUCUGCAAUUUCAGAUGUUAUGCUGGAUACGAUUUGGUUGGCGAAGAAUCGAUCAAAUGUAUACAAACAUCUGGAGUAAAAAACUGGAAUUCACCUGUACCAAUCUGCAGACCAAAACCUUGCCCGUUGGACACAUUCGCACGACCCCUAUUACAGUCCGAGUGCACAGACUUGAAUCGAUAUGGAAGCGUGUGUUCAGUAUCAUGUAAAAAAGGUUUUUACAUGGCUGACCCGAGAACAAAUACACCAGUAGACGCAUAUACACCAGCAUGUGUAUUGGACGACAAAGGUGGAGUGUCAUGGUCAAUAGGCCCUCCAAAAUGUCACCCCAAAAAGUGUACUCGUGUGAGAAAACCAAAAUAUGGUGAAGUGAAAUGUACAGCCAAAACGGAUUAUAUGUCACGUUGUUCAUUCGAUUGCACGUCUUUGGUACAUGAAAUAUCAGGGGAGAAACAUAUUGUAUGUACUGAUGACGGAAGAACUGGAAAUCCAAGCGGUGUAUGGAGUUCAGAUAACCCUACAUGCGAAUUGAAGAGUUGUCCACCCAUAGACGCUGACGCUACUGAUGUCAAAUGCAACAAAGGAUAUGUUUACAAAAGCACUUGCACUUUCUCGUGCAAAAAGGGUUACUUUAUGAUAGCAGCGGAUGGAAUCACCAUAACAAAGUCCAAGAAAGCGACAAAAACAACGUGUAAAUUGAUAGAACGUGACGUUGCAUGGUCAAGUGAGCCACCAAAGUGUGAACAAAAACGAUGCCCUGAUAUAACACAACCAGAUUAUGGCACAAUGACUUGCACCGAGCCCUUUAAAUUAAAUUCCAAAUGUUCUUUUACGUGUAAUGAUGGAUUUGAAAUGGCUGGAAAAUCGACUGUGGAAUGUCGCGAUUGGAAGAAAAACAAAAUUAUCGGUAAAUGGACUGCGCCAACGCCAAUAUGUAAAAGAAGAUCUUGUGCGACACUUCACUAUGACGAACAUACUAGCAGUCUGACAUGCUCAAACGAUGUCAAAUAUGAAAGCGCUUGCAGCUUGCGUUGCAAUGAAGGAUAUUAUAUGAGAAAAUCGCCCGUGGAAGAGGUGAUAGAGCGCACAAAAACAACAUGUUUGUUUUCGGAGGGCGGAAUGACCUGGAGUGCACGAAUGCCUGCAUGCCAGCCAAAAACUUGUAAUCCAAUAAGGCCUAUUUUGAACGGGACAAUGAAAUGUUCUGAAGAAUUGAUUUACGGUGCAAAAUGCCAGUUUUCUUGUUCAAGAGGGUAUGAUUUGGUUGGCGAAAAGACAGUAUUCUGUCAAGACGAUGGACGCUCUUCUCCUGACGGUGUCUGGAGUGCUUCAACGCCAACUUGUGAACCAAGAAAAUGUUCGUUAUUAGAUGUUCACUCGAUUAAAAUGACAGCACAUUGCGACAAAGGAAAUGAAUACACAAGUCAAUGCAAUCUUAACUGUUUACCAAAACAUUUCAUAAAAUUGCGGGACAAGAGUGUAAUGCAUGCUUUAAAUAUCAGUUGCAAUUUACAACCAAAUGAUGAUCUAAUCUGGGAACCGGAACUUCGAAUAUGUGAACCGAUAUCGUGCCCUAUGAUAAAUGAUCCUGAAAUGUACACAAGUUGUUCAAACGGAAAUAAAACCGGAUCCCACUGUGUUUUCUCGUGUCCUAUUGGAUACGAUUUAAUAGGAAACGCUACAAAUAAAUGCCUACCAAUUGGAAAAUUUGAUGCAGCUUGGAAGCAUUCGAUUCCGUAUUGCAAAGUUCGAACAUGUCUCACUCUAGUCGAUGAAGAAGAUUUGAAUAUGACUUGUACAAGAGAUUCUGAUUAUAAAAGUAUUUGCUCCUUUAUGUGUCAUCAAGGAUUAGGGUUGUUUAUGACAUCAGCUCAUGGAAACAAAAUUAUCGACACAGGAGUGUCUAAACUGAGAUGCGAUAUCAACAAAAGAGGAAAAAUGUAUUGGACCGGCGAAUUACCAAAAUGUCACAUUAAAUAUUGUUUAGUUAAAAGAAAUCCGAAAAACGGAAGAGUAAAAUGCUCCAACGGUAGCAAAUAUCAAUCUCGAUGUAGGUAUACUUGUAAUCGAGGAUACAAAAGAGUUGGCGCAAGCGGUAUAACUUGUGACGAAGGAAAACCUCAUUCUCCACAGGGUGCGUGGAGUAAAAAAGCUCCCACAUGUAAAAAAAUGGCAGGAUGAUUUCCAGGUCAUCAGUUACCAAGCAAAGGCAACAACUGUUGAAACAUUGAACCAGUGGCGCAACACGGGCGGCACCGGAUGUACUUACACAACUCGAAUUUUAAAUUAUUUUUGACAUAUGCCAGAUGGCAGUCUAAUAAUAGCAACUACAAUUUCUAAUUUUUAAAAUUUAUUGUGAACUUCUUUAUUAAGCGCCUUACUUGCGUAUCUUGCAAGAACGAAUGAUAAAUUUUUCUUAAACUGUCGGUUCCACACCCAAUCAAAACUCCUGGUUGCGUCACUGAGCAAUUGCAUAAAAAUGACAAAACCUUUAAAUUUUAACACCUUGGUUAAAUUUUUGGUUCAAGAUAUUCCAAAGUCGAAAAAAUGACAACUUUUUGUCAUAGUAUGUUGUUUACAAGAUUUGACGAUACAUUUUUAGUAAUGAGUAAAUUGUGUUUCUCUCGACCAUUACACUGAUAUGUUAUUUUUCUUUUAUCUUAUUUCAUAAAAUGAUUGCAAUUUAUUUCUCUUUUAUUUAACAUUGUAAAUUAUGUAAUACAAUCUCUUUUAAAUUUAUAAACCGUUUAUUGCUCACAUGACAUCAGGCAGGGAUCAAUAAUAUCAUCUAUAUCUAAUUGUCUCAGCGAUUCAAUGACAGUUGGUUGCAACUAUUAUUGUAACA